CUGGGGCUUCACGUCCUGGCUGCAUUCGGGAGCCGCGCUGUGCCGCCGGCCCGCUCCGGGGUGCUGCCGCCGGCCCGCGCCGAGGCCCGCGUGGCUCCGUGUCAGGGCGCCUGGGGCCGCCAGGCUCCCCCGGCGGGCGGGAGCAAUGGCCUCAGGAACAGCUCUGGUUUAUGAUGAGGAGAUGACCACUCAUAAACUGCUUUGGAGCGAUCCUGUUUGCGAUAUCGAAGUGCCAGAAAGGCUGUCAUCCUCCUAUGAGCAGCUUAAAUGUUACCAUCUUGUGGAAAGAUGUGUCCAUGUGCCUGCCAGAGAAGGAAGCGAGGAGGAGAUCCUGUUGGUUCACAGUUCUGAACACUUGGAAAUGGCAAAAAGCACCCAAACAAUGAAUGAAAAGGAACUGAAAAGAGUCUCUGGAAAUUAUGAUGCUUUUUUCUUUCAUCCGAACACUUAUCGCUGUGCCAGGCUAGCAGUAGGAGCAACUUUGCAGCUCGUGGAUGCUGUGAUGACAGGAAAAGUGUGCAAUGGAAUGGCAUUAGUAAGACCUCCAGGUCACCACAGCCAGAAAAAUGCAGCUAAUGGGUUCUGUUUGUUCAACAAUGUUGCUAUUGCAGCAGAAUAUGCAAAACUGAAAUAUGGUCUACAGAGAAUCCUAAUUGUUGACUGGGAUGUGCACCAUGGGCAAGGAACUCAAUAUAUAUUCGAAGAGGAUCCAAGUGUUUUGUAUUUUUCCUGGCAUCGCUAUGAACAUCAGGAAUUCUGGCCAUCACUCAAAGAAUCUGAUUAUGAUGCUGUGGGUCUGGGCAGAGGAGAAGGUUUUAACAUAAAUUUGCCUUGGAAUAAGGUUGGGAUGGGAAAUUCAGAUUAUCUUGCUGCAUUUUUCCAUGUGUUGCUUCCAAUGGCUUUUGAGUUUGAUCCUGAAUUGGUUCUUGUCUCCUCUGGUUACGAUUCUGGAAUUGGAGACCCUGAAGGUCAGAUGAAUGCAACUCCUGAGGUUUUUGGCCACCUUACCCAUUUCCUGAUGCAGUUAGCUAAUGGAAAGCUGUGUGUUGUCCUAGAGGGUGGAUACCACUUAAAGUCAUUGUCUGAAUCAGUCUGUAUGACUGUAAAAACUUUGCUUGGAGAUCCUGUACCUCAAAUAACUGGAGAAAUGGCACCUUGCCUAAGUGCAAUUGAGUCUAUUCAAAAUGUGAGAGCAGCACAUAAACCCUACUGGAGAUGGUUGAUGUAUGAAGACACAUCAUUUUUACAAAAUUUGAGCACCAAGUCACACCCACUAAAGAACGCUCAUCCGAAUCCCCUCACAGACCCUGGAUCUAAGAUGACUAACGAUGAUGAAAGUGUCAAAGUAGAAAGGUUUUUGGAACUGCACAUGAAAAAUAUUCUAUUUCCAGUACCUCCCAUCAAAACAGCAACAACAGCUGACUCUAAAGGUUCAGCACAUUUGCUCCCUGUACCCGUUCAUUUGGUGAAGGAAAUGGAUAAAACGGAAAUAAAAGCGCUUGUCAGUGGCUUUUAUGCAGACCUUGUGAAAGAGGACAAAAUUUUACACUCUCUUGGCAAUAUGCUGGCUGUCCUAGAUAAAAUACUUAAGAAGGAGGUAUGCAAUGGAAUUGCAGAAUCACCCACAGCUGCUGUUUCUGUUGCUGUUGCACUAAGACAUUCUGUUCAGUUUGGAUUUCAAAGGGUGCUUUGUAUAUUUGUUGGAGACAUGCAAAUCAUACCGAACACAGAAGAUGGAAAAAUACUCAUGAUACAUAUUUGUGAGAAUGAAGAGUCUGGAAAGACCAGCUCCAAACACUGUAUUUCUCUAAACUGGAAAGAGGAUGCCGAAGGAAAUGAUUUCUUUUCUGCUCUACUUGGAUUCAUUCUUCCUGUAGCAUAUAGUUAUCAGCCUAACCUGACAGUAAUAGCUAUUGGACCAAACAGGAGCCUUGGAAUACGUGGGAUUUCUCUGCUUUUUGCUUUACUACAAGGAUUAGCCGAGUCUCGCAUUUUUGCAGUGAUGGAGGACACUGAGAUGAAUUUAAUGCAAAGUGUAGCCAAAGCAUUAGUGGGUGCCUCUACACCUGACUUUGGAGUUUAUGUGCCUCCUACCCAAGAAAAAGUAACUAAAAUAAAAAUACUAAGAGAUCAGUUUCAGCAGGAAUGGAAAAUGCUUCAGUGUUCAGUGAAGGAUGGGAUUUCAAGAAAUUGACUUCAGGAUCACUUUACACAGCAGAAGAAAAAACGUGUUGCUCUUCACAUUGCCUUUUAAAUCAUCAGGAAAAGAGAUAAGAGCCAUUCACAAUUGCCUCCUGUUUUUAAAAUAAUUAAAAAUCUAUAUUUUCAGCUAGAGAAUUGUGCUUGCAAAUUCUGUAUUGGCACUAAUUAUUCAAGACUGACAACUGAAGACAACUGCUGUACUUUGUUACUGCAAAUUGGGGCCCAAGUCAUUCAUGACAUUGUAAGUCAGGCUUGCGUAUGCUGUAGCUUGACUGAGUGAAUGCCAAAGAAGCCCAGAAGACGUGCACCUGAAUGAGCAGUCACAAUAGCCAAAACAUUUUAAUGUUAUUCAACGCGAUACCGAAGUGCUUGCACUGCUGCCACCACCACCAUUUCAUUGGGAGUUUAAACCUUAGCAAUAGGUCCUUUGGAUUAAUGACACUUCAUUUAAUAACCUGAUUUAAAGGAUUCACCUAACAUGAUCUAUUAUUUUAAUUUUUCUAAUGUGUAAUUGUUAAUUGCAAGAAGAAAAAAAGCAGCUCAAGAGCUGUAGUGUGGGCCUUUCCUACAUCACACCUGUGAUGUGCUAGGUAUGACAGAAAAAAAUAUUCUGUGUGUGUAAAAUCACAAAUACAUAACUGAAUCAAGCAGUGUCUAGAGGGCUUCACUCUGCCCUCUUUUCAAAUGUUAAGUUGUCUAUAUAACAAAUAAAAACCCCAAACCCCCAGAGAUUUGGGACUGGCCCAAGGCUGACAUCAUGUGAGAGAUCAAAACUGGACAUCAGCCAUGGUGUGCCUCGUUUUGCAGCCUUCCAGGUACGGUUUAGGGCUCAGUUUCAAGAGAGCAUUCCUGUGAUUGUGACCGUUUGAUUUCAGAAACUUGAAAUUAUGUUUAUAGUGUCGUUGCUACUUGGAUCAGCUUUACAUAAUUUGAAUAACUAAGUCUGGUUUUACAGUUGGCAAUACUGCUUGGGAUACUGGUUUUCUGUGAUUGCUGGAUGGGAAAUUAUGUCCCAUCCUUGAACACUUUGAGAUAAAAGUCUAUUUCAAAAUAAACUAAAAACCAUGUCAAA